CAUGAUACGUGUGUCUCAUGCCUCACAUAUAGACAUCUAUUACCGACCUAUUCUUCUCUACAAAUUUGCAAGGUUUGAAGCCUCGAGGCACUGAAACCACGUCUUGCCACCCCUAUUGACAGCAACAGGGAAGUAUAGUCUUAUUACGGCUGGCACAGGUGAUGUGCUGCAGACGUCAGCCUGUGAAAAGACCAUCAAACCUAAGUUUAUGAAAUUCUUCCUGGCCAUUAACUUUCUUGUCGUCUUCACGCAUAUCCGGUCAUCAUGACUGACUCGCAACCAUCUAGACCACAGCCGUCAAGGUGGCAAUCAAUUCAGUAUUUGCCCAUGUUAUUUUUUAAGGCUCUUGUCAAACAAAGCCAAAUCUUCGCUACCACGCUUCUACGCCUUGUGUGGGACAGGACGUACGCGUCACGUCUAUUUCACCGCAACACUCAAUUCUCAUAUAUCACAAAGGACAUUGAACAUAGACCACGUUGUGUGCAGUGAGGAAACCAUGCCAUCGUCUAUAUCAAUGCCCGCAGAACUCCCAAAACCGCCGAAACUGGAUCUGGAGGAGUUCAUCGCUACUGCCCUGUCAGCUACGCCAGCGGAACUUCAUCCAUUCUUUGAAUCUUUCGCCAAACUCCACACGAGAAAGCUAUGGCACCAGUUAACGCUCAAACUAUAUGAGUUUUUCGACCACCCGUUGUCCAAGCCUUUCCGUGUGGAUGUGUUUGAGCGAUUCGUGCGCGACUUUGAGUCCAAACUGAACCAACUAAAACUUGUGGAGAUGGGGACUAAAGUGUCGAAGGAGAUUGACAACCCGCAAACACAGCUUAUGUUCCUCAACUCCAUACUUUCUCGGAUUGAUGCCGAGACAUCACAGGAGGCAUAUGUGCUGCUGCUUGCAAAUAUUGCAUAUGCAAAGCUGGUGUACGGUGAUUUAGAGGGUACCAAGACUGAUAUGGAUACUGCCUGGAAAACACUCGAUCGACUGGAAGGAGUUGACACUGCCGUCAACGCUUCGUAUUACAAAGUUGCCGCUGACUACUAUAAGGCCAAAGCAGAAUAUGCACCAUAUUAUAAGCAUUCGCUGCUGUACCUGGCAUGUGUCGACGUAGCAACAGACCUUACUUCAGAAGAACGUUUACUGCGCGCACACGACCUUGGUAUUUCGGCAUUUCUCGGCGACACCAUCUAUAAUUUUGGGGAGCUGUUGAUGCACCCAAUACUGGAUGCGCUGGAUAACACGCAGUAUGAUUGGAUCAAGAAGCUGUUGUUCACAUUCAACGAAGGCAACAUUGGUAAAUUCGAAGCAUUGGCGCCACUAUUUCCGCAGGAGCCGAUUCUGGAAGAGAACUACCCGUUCCUUCGACAGAAGAUAUGUUUGAUGGCGCUGAUCGAAUCAGUGUUCAAGAGGAACGCGAAUGACCGAACGAUGUCUUUCCAGACUAUCGCCGAGGAGACGCGACUUCCAGUUGACGAAGUGGAACAUCUGAUCAUGAAAGCACUGAGCCUCAAGUUGAUACGAGGUUCUUUGGACCAGGUAGAUCAAAAGGCGCGGAUCACGUGGGUUCAACCUCGUGUUCUGUCUCGCACACAAAUAGGCGAACUGGCGACGCGACUGGGAGGAUGGAUAGAGAAGUUGGGGAGCGUGGAGCAAAGGAUGGCCCCGCAAGUUUCUGCGGCGGCGUGAGUACAUUCGAAGUGUACAUAGGGAGAGGAAGGAGAUUAAUGCCAAGGUGACUGUCUCGGAGCAAGAAUGAUCGAUGACAUCGAUGACAUGCUGCAUUCAUUGGAUGAAUUUUUAGAAGGGGACACGCUGCGGUUCCGGAUCAGAUACGAAGGUUGUAACGGUUAUUUGCGAGCACGUUGAGGCACGAUGCAUGACAUGGGGGGACUGAUGAGUAGGAUAUAGAACUGAUAUGAGUAUGUUUGAACCGUAGGGAAGGAGUGUUUGAGCCGUAUUCUGCCGUAGGAGGCACUGCAAGUUGAAUGCAAGGCUACCUCAUUUAGGGUAUAACAACAUGCA